CAAGAAAAUGCAAUCUAAAUAUGGAACGAUCACUUUGGAUACCGAUAGUAAAGUACAAUUAGGCUAUGAAACUAUAUCAAUUACCGAAGGAGUUGAGCCUGGCGUAUACGGACAUUACGUUGAUUCAUAUUCGCAUCCGUACUACGAUUUUCGCAAAGGAAAUGGAACUGUAGAGCUAUACAAUGGAAGCUUUAAAGUGGCCACCAUUCGUUUACCAUAUCAUAGCAAAAGGAAACACUGGGUUACAUUCCAAAUAUUUACUUCACUCAAAACGUUCCAGGUUAUUGGCAAGAUCAUCGACGAUUAUAAUAGCUUGUUCGCAGAAAAAGCUGAAGAAUUUCGUCUGGAUCAGACUCAAGGCUAAACAGCUUAGAUGUUGCCUGUAGUAUAUCGACUAGUUUGGCGAGUUAGAAGGUGUAACGACUGGUGUAUACACGAUUGCGUUGAAAUAAUGUCUUAAGUUACGUUCAGUUACAGGCGUGUACAUAUGGGGGUUGUAGAGUCGAUUCAAAAUGGUGU